GGUGCGGAACCCGCUGCGCUCGGAGCGUGCUUUAAAGCGGCCGCCAGCCAGCGCCGCUGUAACCCCGCGCCCCGGCUGCCGGCGGCCCCCGCCCUGCAUCUGCGCCGACGCGACCGAGCGAUCCCGGGGCCUCCCCGCGCCGGGAAUCUCCCGCCAACCGCUCGGGUCCCCACGGCAGCAGCACGUGGAGCGACCGGGGAGCCUGAGCGACAGCUACAGCCCGCGCGGCCCGCGGCGACAUGGAAGAUAUACAGCCAAGCGCGGAGCUGAAAAGCACUGAGGAGCAACCUCUGCCCACAGAAAGCCCAGAAGCUCUGAAUGACUACAGUUUACCCAAACCUCAUGAGAUUGAAAAUGUGGACGGUACAGAAGCCCCAGCCAAUGAAGACGAAGAUGCAGGAGAAGACUUGAUGAUGAAAGUGAAAGAUGAGUACAGCGACAGAGACGAGAAUAUUCUGAAGCCGGAGCCCAUGGUAGACGCAGAGGAGAGCGAACCACCUUACAGCUAUGCAAGAGAGUACAGCGACUAUGAAAACAUUAAGCUGGAGAGACACGGGCCAUACGACAGCAGCAGACCCACCGGUGGGAAGAUGAACUGCGAUGUGUGCGGCUUAUCCUGCAUUAGCUUCAACGUCUUGAUGGUUCACAAGCGAAGCCAUACCGGUGAACGCCCGUUCCAGUGUAAUCAGUGCGGGGCAUCUUUUACUCAGAAAGGUAAUCUCCUUCGCCACAUUAAGCUGCACACAGGGGAAAAACCUUUUAAGUGUCACCUCUGCAACUACGCAUGCCAAAGGAGAGACGCGCUCACGGGACACCUCAGGACACAUUCUGUGGAGAAGCCCUACAAGUGUGAGUUCUGCGGAAGAAGCUACAAGCAGAGAAGCUCCCUGGAGGAACACAAGGAACGCUGCCGGGCGUUUCUUCAGAACCCUGACCUGGGGGAUGCCGCAAGUGUGGAGGCGAGACACAUCAAAGCCGAGAUGGGAAGUGAAAGAGCUCUCGUUCUGGACAGAUUGGCAAGCAAUGUGGCUAAACGAAAAAGCUCGAUGCCUCAGAAAUUCAUUGGUGAGAAGCGCCACUGCUUUGACGCCAACUACAAUCCCGGCUACAUGUACGAAAAGGAGAACGAGAUGAUGCAGACCCGGAUGAUGGACCAAGCCAUCAACAACGCCAUCAGCUAUCUCGGGGCUGAAGCCCUUCGCCCCUUAGUCCAGACUCCGCCUGCUCCCACCUCUGAGAUGGUCCCAGUCAUCAGCAGCGUGUACCCCAUAGCACUUACUCGGGCCGAUAUGCCCAAUGGGGCCCCACAGGAGCUGGAGAAGAAACGGAUCCUCCUGCCAGAGAAGAUCUUGCCUUCUGAACGAGGUCUGUCCCCCAAUAACAGUGCCCAGGAUUCCACGGACACCGACAGCAACCACGAGGAUCGCCAGAAUCACAUCUACCAACAGGGCCACAUGGUCCUCCCCCAGGCCCGCAACGGGAUGCCACUUCUCAAGGAGGUACCUCGCUCUUUCGAACUCCUCAAGCCCCCUCCCAUCUGCCUGAGGGACUCCAUCAAAGUGAUCAACAAAGAAGGGGAGGUGAUGGAUGUGUUCCGGUGUGACCACUGCCACGUCCUCUUCCUGGAUUAUGUGAUGUUCACCAUCCACAUGGGGUGCCACGGUUUCCGUGACCCCUUUGAGUGUAACAUGUGUGGAUAUCGAAGCCACGAUCGCUACGAAUUCUCCUCUCACAUCGCCAGGGGAGAACACAGAGCCAUGUUGAAGUGAGCUUCCGUCUCCAAGCGCACACCUAAGGGUCAGCAUUGUUUUUAAAAGCUGAUGACAACCUUACCCAGUAGACCGAACUCAAACCCACAGCCCUGCCCAGGUACAUCAGCUCUCAGUCAUGGCCGGCAGGAGCGGUCAGAGAGACACUGCCCUCAUCUAGAAACUGUCUGCAGAGCUGUCAUGUCACUUUGGGGAACCUCCCUCUCCCGUCAGUUGAAUUCGAUGGGAUUUAAAAGCCAAAGAAGAAUCUGGUUCAUUAUCUUUUGUAGCAAUCCACUGGAGCUCCUGGCCAAUUGGCUGCAGGAGUCAUUCGCUGGAAUUCACAGCCAUAUGUGGAAAAGCCUUUUGAUCCUAU